AUGGCGCUUGUCUCGAUGAAUCGUAUGCAUCCAGCCGUCAGGGUCAUGGCACGCUAUACGGCUCAUGGUGGUCGACGUAUCGCCCCUACGCUGCGUUUUAAACACGCAGCUCAAUUGAGUAGUGUUCAGCUCAUCUCCAUUGAUCAAUGUGGUGGACGGCAAUUCUCUACGACGCCAGUGACUGGACUGCUAGAUGACGACCGAAAUGUUGUUGCAUCUUCGGAUGUGACGGAACAAGCUUUGGACGCUACGAACUCUGUCGAUUACGCUUACCUGUCCGACCUUGGCUACGGACUUUCGGAUAUCGCCAUUCGCUCCCUGGAUGUGAUCCAUGCUACGACAGGACUUCCGUGGUGGGCGACUAUUAUUGUGACAACGGUUGCCGUGCGGACGGUCUUCUUCCCAAUCACGGUUGUUUCGAUGAGAAAUGCGGCCAAAAUGAAGCUCUUUCAGCCGGACAUGGAAAAGUUGCGUGACGAAAUGGACGCUAAUCCAACACGUGAUGGUGAUUCUGCACUGGAGUUUCAGAAGAAGUACAAGGCUUUGAUGAAAAAGCACGAUGUAAAUCCAUUUAAGAGCAUGCUCCCACCGUUGGCACAGAUUCCAGUUUUUCUUGGGUUCUUCUGGGGACUGCAGGACAUUUCCAAGUACUUUCCUGAGUAUGCACACGAGGGAAUUGGCUGGGUUACUGACCUCUCCGCCGCCGACUCCACAAUGGCGCUCCCCGUGAUUUCCUCCGCUCUGAUGGUAGCGUCCGUGGAACUUGGUGGGGACGCGAUGACUGGUGAAAUGAAGGACAAAAUGAAAUUUGGUAUGCGCUGCUUUGCGGUUAUGAUGGUACCACUCACCAUGAAUUUUCAGUCGGGAAUUUUUGUGUACUGGGUGACGUCGAACAUGUACACGCUAGCGCAAACGGCUUUGUUGCGGCUAUACUUUGUCAAGCGCGCGCUCAAUAUUCCGGUGACGGAGGUACAAUGUCUGAAUACAUCCGAUGUAACGAUGUCUUCGCCUUUUGAAGCCGCAGUUGCCCGCGCGAAGGAGGGCACAAUUGUCAAAACGCACAUGUACAAACCGAUUAAGCCGUCUAAGAAGUUGUAG